AUGGUUAGCUACUGGAAAAUCACCGGUUCUGAAUUGAACGACCAGCUCUACUUGAAAGACCUUCAAGAACAGUACAGCACUGGUAAGAUUAGCACCUCCAGCGAGGUUGACGAGGAGGUUUCCAAAAUCAAGUACCCAGAAUUUCUUGCUAAGACUAAGGUCGAGGAGGCUGGUAUUUACAACAACCAGGCCAACCCAGACCACAUCAAGAACGAUAAGGGCCAUUUGGGUGACCCAACUUUCAAGAACCUCUUUAAGGCUGGCCAAGAUGUUCAAAAGUUCGACUUGUCUCCCAACUUGGGUACCGAAAUUGAUGGUGUUCAGCUCAGUGAGUUGGACGAUGCUGGAAAGAACGACUUAGCUUUGUUCUUGGAAACCAGAGGUCUCGCUGUGUUCAGAAACCAGGACUUCAGAGACAAGGGCGCUGCUUUCGCUAAGGACUUUGGUAAGUACUUUGGACCAUUGCACAUCCAUCCUGUUUCUUACUCGGCUGUUGAUCAUCCCGAGUUGCUCGUCACCUUCAGGAAGGCUGGCGGUGCUAACAGAUGGGCUCUGCAGUUCCGUCACGAGGCUGGUGCUUUCAGAUGGCACUCUGAUAUCAGUUUCGAGGAGUACCCUUCUUCUUUCUCGUUUUUCGUUGCUUUGGAGGCCCCUCCAUCUGGUGGAGAUACUGUUUUCGUUGACUUGAGAGAGGCCUACAAGAGAUUGUCGCCAAUUUUGCAGAAGUUCUUUGAAACCUUGACAGUUAUCCACUCUAACGAGUUCCAGCAAAAGGGCGCUGCUCUUAGAAACCAAUUAGCCAAGGUGAAGAAGGUCUCUUACUCUGAACAUCCUUUGGUUAGAACUCACCCAGUGACUGGAGAGAAGAGUCUUUUCUUCUCCAGAGGAUUCAUCCAGAAGAUCAAGGGUUUGAAAGAUGUUGAGUCUGCCACCAUCUUGAACUUCUUGGAGGACCACUGUCUUAACAAUCCAGAGUUCCAAGUCAGAGCUACCCACAGAGGUACUGACGCCAGAACAGUGAUUGCGUGGGACAACAGGUUCUUGGUCCACACUGCCACUUUGGAUUUCCUCAACCAGGAGACCAUCGCCCGUCACCAUUACAGAAUCACGGUUCUUGGUGAAAAGCCUUACUUCGAGGAGAAGAAGCUUGAGGCUGAGGACUCUGACGGUGAAGACAAGCACCCAAGAGCCUAUUAA